UAUUCUGGAGCAGAUUGAAGGAUCUCUCGGCAGAAUGAUAUGGCAGCGCAGGCGCAACCAAAGAAUCUCUGACCAUGCGCAGUUGGAACGAUUGUUGGCAAUCGAAGAGGAAUUUUGAAAUAGCGAAUGGCGCCUAAUAAGUAAUCUUUAUAGCGCUCGUUUUCUGUUUUUGGUUUGAUACAUUUGAAUUUCCUUUGACCGCUCAUCAGUGAAAAUGCCUAAAGUAUUUUUAGAGCGAGGAAUCUCAUGCCAAGAAUUAGAAAAAGGCAUUGAGUUUGAAGUAGAACAUGAAGAAUGUGGUUCAUCUGAUGAUGAAUCCUUCGAUGAUGACUGUUUUACUGACUUCAAACAAGAAAUUGCUGACAUAGAAGGAGAAAGUAAAUUAAGCUUCAAAAGUGGAGCUUGUAUACCAUUUGCAGAACUGAAAACAAAAAUGAAACCUAUAACUGAAGAUGGUCAAAUUAUGAAAGAGAUCAUAAAGCAUGGUUUAGGUAUUGUGAUACCAGAGAAAUCUGUGGUUAUGAUUCAUUAUGAUGCUUAUUUGGAAAAUUCAAAGCUUCCAUUUGAUUCAACACAUCUAAGAAACAGGCCUUAUAAAUUUUUGUUAGGAGAUGGAGCAGUAAUUCCUGGAUUAGAAUUAGCUAUUCAGACAAUGAAGAAAGAAGAAAUAUCUAGGUUUAUUGUUAGCUAUGCAUAUGCAUAUGGUACAAUGGGUUGCCCUCCUCGAAUUCCAGGUGGAGCUGAUAUUUUAUAUGAAGUUGAAAUAAUUAAUUUUUUUGAAAGUAAAGAUGCCAUCGAGUUUGAGGAAAUGUCUUCAGAAGAUCAAAAAAAAGCACCUUUUGAAAAAAUAGUUGCUGUUUUUCAAUGUGAACAUCAAAUGGGCAAUGAACUGUUUCGAAAAAAAAUGUAUAAGCAAGCUAUUGCUAGAUAUCGCAAGGUAGUCAAGUUACUGGAAGAUGUUUCUGUUGAUAAUGAAGAAAAUGAUGAUAAAAGAAAAAAAUAUCUGCUGAAACUUUAUCUAAAUUUAGCUCAAUGCUAUAUAAAUCUUCAGAAUCCACAGAAAGCAGUAAUAUAUUCUGAUUUGGCUCUAAAGAUUGACACAGAAAAUCCCAAAGGUCUUUAUAGAAUGGGUUAUGCUUUGUAUAUGAUGGAAGACUACGGAAAAGCAGAAAGCUACCUAAAUAGAGCAAAAAAGCUAAAGCCAUAUGAAAAGAGUAUAAAUAUUGCCAUUCAGAAACUAGAGAAAAAUCGAAAACAGCAUGAAGAGUGGGAGCGUAUGUUCUGUCAAAACAUAUUUACCACCAAAAAUAAAAACAGUGCAAAGUCCAAAGAAUUAUUGGAAACAGAAGAAUUUCGUAGUGUUGUUGAAGAAGAAAUAAAACAAUUUUUAGAUUCUGAUGAGAAGGAAUACAGGUUUUCUCCUGGUUAUACAGAAAGCCAGAUAGAAGUUGUGAAGCAAUUUGCAAACCAAUAUAAUCUUGCAUUUGUCUCUUUGAUUCAGAAUAAUGAUAAAAUAAUCAAAGUUGCUAAAAGGAAGAUGCCUUCUUAGUACAAUUUUCAAUUUAGUGUUAAUAAUAAAAUUUGAUUUUAUCAUUGUUUUCUUGUAAUUUAAUAAAUAUGGUUUUGAAUAAA